AUGUCGGCGCUUCCGAAAUUUUUUAGAGCUUUCGCCGAAAUAUCCGACAUUGCGCUUGGACUGCGCACCGUCUUGGUGGAGGCUCGAGCAGCUUGCACACGCCUGCGGCUCAGUCAUGAGUCGAACGACAUCUUAUCGCCGUUCCUCUUCUGCGUUCUGCCAUCACUCUCACAACCACCAUCAAGUCGGAACCACGCAUUCCUCAUCUACAUCAAAUCCAGCAUGGCUGCACAGUCGAUCCAGCCCACUGGCGCUGGCGCAGCAGAGAAGAUGGUCAACUCCUGCAUGGCCGUCACUUGUGACAAGUGCGGUAAAACUACCUGGCGCGGAUGUGGCCGCCACAUCGACGCCGUCUUUGCCAACGUACCCCCCGAGCAACGCUGCACCUGCCCACGAUCCUGA